GACAAGUGCGGAAGCUGUGGUAAGUGCAUCCUCCUUCAGUCUCAUUUCUGAAAAUAGAUCAUCAUGGUGGCACCAAAGAGUCACACAGAUGACUGGGCUCCUGGGCCUUUCUCCAGCAAGCCACAGAGGAGUCAGCUGCAAAUAUUCUCUUCUGUUCUACAGACCUCUCUCCUCUUCCUGCUCAUGGGACUAAGAGCCUCUGGAAAGGACUCAGCCCCAACAGUGGUGUCAGGCAUCCUAGGGGGUUCUGUGACUCUCCCCCUAAACAUCUCAGUAGACACAGAGAUUGAGCACGUCAUCUGGAUUGGUCCCAAAAAUGCUCUUGCUUUCGCACGUCCAAAAGAAAAUGUAACUGUUAUGGUCAAAAGCUACCUGGGCCGACUGGACAUUACCAAGUGGAGUUACUCCCUGUACAUCAGAAAUCUGACUCUGAAUGAUGCAGGGUCCUACAAAGCCCAGAUAAACCAAAGGAAUUUUCAAGUCACCACUGAGGAGGAAUUCACCCUGUUCGUCUAUGAGCAGCUACAGGAGCCCCAAGUCACCAUGAAGUCUGUGAAGGUGUCUGAGAACUUCUCCUGUAACAUCACUCUAAUGUGCUCCGUGAAGGGGGCAGAGAAAAGUGUUCUGUACAGCUGGACACCAAGGGACCCCCAUGCUUCUGAGUCCAAUGGAGGCUCCGUUCUUACCAUCUCCCGAACGCCCUGUGACCCAGACCUGCCAUACACCUGCACAGCCCAGAACCCCGUCAGCCAGAGCAGCUCCCUCCCCGUCCACGUUGGGCAGUUCUGUACAGAUCCAGGAGCCUCCAGAGGAGGAACGACGGGGGAGACUGUGGUAGGGGUCCUGGGGGAGCCAGUCACCCUGCCACUGGCACUCCCAGCCUGCCGAGACACAGAGAAGGUUGUCUGGUUGUUUAACACAUCCGUCAUCAGCAAAGAGAGGGAAGCAGCAGCAACGGCAGAUCCGCUCAUUAAAUCCAGGGAUCCUUACAAGAACAGGCUGUGGGUCUCCAGCCAGGACUGCUCCCUGAAGAUCGGCCGGCUGAAGAUAGAGGACGCCGGCCCCUACCAUGCCUACGUGUGCUCAGAGGCCUCCAGAGUCACCAGCACGACACAUGUCACCCUGCUCAUCUACCAGAGGCUGAGGAAGCCCAAAAUCACGUGGAGACUCAGGCACAGUGAGGAUGGCAUCUGCAGGAUCAGCCUGACCUGCUCCAUGGAGGACAGGGGAAACAGUGUCAUGUACACAUGGACCCUGCUGCAGAAGGAAGCUAUUGUGUCCCAAGGGGAAUCACACCUCAAUGUCUCAUGGAGAAGUGGUGAAAAUCACCCCAACCUCACAUGCACAGCCAGCAACCCUGUCAGCAACAGUUCCCACCAGUUUCUUUCUGAGAACAUCUGUUCAGGACCUGAGAGAAACACAAAGCUUUGGAUUGUGUUGUUCCUGAUGGUUUGCCUUCCGUGCGUUGGGAUCUUCAGCUGGUGCAUUUGGAAGCGAAAAGGACGGUGUUCAGUCCCAGCCUUCUGUUCCAGCCAAGCUGAGGCCCCAGCGGAUACACCAGAACCCACAGCUGGCCACACGCUAUACUCUGUGCUCUCCCAAGGGUAUGAGAAGCUGGACACUCCCCUCAGGCCUGCCAGGCAACAGCCUACGCCCACCUCAGACAGCAGCUCUGACAGCAACAUCACAACUGAGGAGGAUGAGGACAGGCCCGAGGUGCACAAGCCCAUCAGUGGAAGAGACGAGGUGUAUGACCAGGUCACUCAGGAGGGUGCUGGACAUCACCCAGCCCCUGAGGGCCAAGCAGACGAUGAUCCUGUCACUCCAUAUGUCACAGAAGUUGAGUCUGUGGUUGGAGAGAACACCGUGUAUGCACAAGUGUUCAACUUACAGGGAAAGACCCCAGUUUCUCAGAAGGAAGAGAGCUCAGCCACAAUCUACUGCUCCAUACAGAAACCUCAGACGGUGGUGCCGCCACUACAACAGAAUGAUCUUGAGAUUCCUGAAAGUCCUACCUAUGAAAAUUUCACCUGAAAGGAAAAGCAGCUGCUGCUUCUCUCCUGGGACUGUGGGGUUGGAGAGUCAGCUGGACCUCGUGGGGCCUGGGGCUCACAGACAGAAGCACCUCAGAAUUUCCUUCGGUGCCUCAGAGAUGCCCGGAUGUGGCCCCUCCCCCUCCUUCUCACCCUCAAGGCCUCCCAAACCCAUUAAUAGUUCAGACACAGGCUCCUGCUUGGAGCCUAUGGGCUUCAGAUGUCUUUGCCCCAUUUGUCACCGCGCACACUCACAGCGUUUCCUCCUCGAAAUUCUACCAAGACUGGUCAAAUGUUGCUGAGGGGCCUGGACCAGCUGUCCUUUACACCACCUUCUCAACACUGCUGAAAUGAACCCAAGAGAAUUGUCACACAUGACACAAGAUGUACGUAAUAUCAUGCUCACUGCAGUGUUAUUUAAAAUAAAAGGCAGGAAAUAA